AGGAAUGAAGAAUGUUCGUUCGUUUCCAAGUAGAAUCCUUGUCUCACCUCACAGGGAUUAUCAUCAACAUGAGCGCUCUAACCUCAUCCUCUCUCUUCAACUCUCAUAUUUCAAGAUUACCUUCAUCAUUUUCAAACCCAACAAGUUAUUCCAUCAGGAUUGGGUUUCCCAUCAAGAUUCCCAGAAUCCGAGCGAGUUCAAACGAGCUAGACAUCAAAACAGACCAAAAAUCUGAAGAAGAUGUUCAAGAACCUGAUAAUGAUCAAGGAAUUGAAAAUGGAAGCAACAAUUCAAGUGGGACAACAUCAGCAUUAGAUAAAGAUCUCAAAAAGGUAGUCCAAAAAACUGCAGCGACUUUUGCACCGAGGGCUUCCACUGCAUCCAAAAACCCUGCUGUGCCAGGCACGGUUUUAUACACCGUGUUUGAGGUUCAAGGAUACGCAUCUCUGUUGCUAGGAGGAGCUCUCUCCUUCAACCUCAUAUUCCCAUCAAACGAGCCAGAUCUAUGGCGCCUGAUGGGCAUGUGGUCCAUAUGGAUGUUCACUAUUCCUUCCCUUCGUGCACGGGACUGUUCCAAGAACGAGAAAGAAGCUCUCAACUAUCUUUUCCUCCUCGUUCCAUUGCUCAAUGUCACGAUCCCAUUUUUCUUGAAAUCAUUUGCAGUCGUCUGGUCUGCAGACGUUGUAGCCUUCUUUGGGAUGUAUGCUUGGAAGCUCGGAUGGUUUUCGCAGAGAGAGUAGAGUAGGGCACCAAUGUGGGAUAAAUACAUUCUACAGCUUCUUGAUUUGUUAAGCAACUUGGCUUUGGAGCACUCUGGGAAUGCUUUGUACAGAGAUUGAAGUAUGGUGAGAUGAUUGAUAAUGAUCGUUGUAAACUGGAGUACUCCUAAGAUGUAAGAAUAUGGAGAUUAUAUGUAGGCACUCGUGGUAGAUAUUCAACAAAUUGAGGUGUUCAAUUCUUGUUGCAAGAACAUCUUUUUGUUCUUGGAGCAAUCAAAUUUUAAUUACAAGUAAGCAUCUGUUUUAUGAUUAA